CGUUUUAGCGGGUUUCUCCCGUAAAUUAUAGCCCAUUCCGAGGGCAAAUUUGGAGAAGUACACACAGAUAUUCUAAUAAUAAAUAAAUAAAAAUUGAAAUCAAUAAAUAUUUUCAGCGGACGCGAGAGCUGAUUGAAAUAUGAUUUAAUCGCGCCGUUGAGAUACGGAUGCCUAUCCCUCUCUUCUUUCUCUUUGUCUCCCAAGCCUCUCUGUUCCUUAUCAGCUCACCUUCUCACCUUCUUCCUCCGCACAUUGAUUUUCCGGUAGAAACCUCUAGAAAAUUCGGUUCCACGGCGGGAAAAGCAGCUGAAGACUGAAUAUUACAAGCCUUCACAAGACUUCUUCAUCGGCCUCUCUCGAUCUGAAUCACUAAUCUAGGAAAAUCAGGUGCUUCUUGAUUUUGUGGUUGAUAAUCCUAGAUUUGGUGAGGUGUAAUAGGCAGUGAGAAACCGGUAAUCUCCGUCUAUCAUUCUGGUUUCUUGGAAACCCUAAAUUUUGGCGGUGGUUGUUGCGGCGGAACGGGGCAUUUGAGAGACUUGGUUGUUCUGUUAUUGGUUAGUUGGAUAAGGUGGAUUUUUGUUGUGCCUCAUGCGAUUUAAUGCCGCCAGAACCAUUGCCUUGGGAUCGGAAAGACUUCUUCAAGGAGAGGAAGCACGAGCGUCCAGAGUCUCUGGCGCGAUGGAAGGAAGCUCCCUCUGUGUCGUCGUAUCAUCAUGGACCAUCGCGUGAGCUCACUCGAUGUGGAUCGGCUGACUUCCGCCGACACCCUGGUCAUGCUAGGCAGGGUGUUUGGCAUCAGUUUGCAGGAGACGUUGCUCAUGGAUUUGGUCCAUCGCGGUCUGCUGACAAGAUUUUUGAAGCAGAGAGCUGCCGCCCAUUUUUUUCACGUGGAGAUGGGAAAUAUUUUAGGAAUGGUGUUAGAGAAAAUAGAGGGUCAUAUAGCCAAAGAGAUUGGAAAGUUCAUACUUGGGAAACAAGCAAUAGUUCCCCCAACACAUAUGGGAGGCUAGAUUACAUGAACAACGAACAGAGGUCAGUUGAUGAUAUCCUAACAUACCCCCCUCCUGCUCAUUCUGAAUUUGUGAACAGUUGCCAUCAACUUCACCCAAAAGAUCAGCAUGAUAAUAAAGCAAGUGGUGGAAAUGGGUUGGGUGCAGGACUGAAAAGUGAGAGAGAGAACUCAGUUGGCCCAAUGGAGUGGAAGCCUCUUAAGUGGAGCCGUUCUGGAAGCCUGUCUUCGCGAGGUCCAGGUUUCAGCCAUUCAAAUGGCUCAAAGAGCUUAGGAGGUUUAGAUUCCAGUGAAGGUAAGGCUGAGUUUCAACAAAAAAAUGCGACUCCAGUCCAAUCACCUUCUGGGGAUGCUGCUGCAUGUGUGACUUCUGCUGCACUGUCUGAUGAGACAACUUCAAGGAAGAAGCCACGCCUUGGGUGGGGUGAGGGACUGGCAAAAUAUGAGAAAAAGAAAGUUGAAGGUCCUGAUACAAGUGUGAAUGGAGUUGGGACUACAAUUUCUGUCAGCAAUCAAGAGCUGAACCAUUCUAUGACUUCAAACUUGGCUGAUAAGAGUCCUAGGUUUCUGGCUUUGUCUGAUUGUGCAUCUCCUGCAACUCCCUCCUCUGUUGGUUGCAGUUCUUCAUCAGGUGUAGAGGAAAAAUCUUUUAGCAAGGCAAUAAAUGGCGACAAUGAUAUCAAUGAAUCAUGUGGUUCUCCAAGUCUUGUGCCUCACAACCAUCUUGAAGGAUUCACUUUGAAUUUGGAGAAGUUGAAUGUCAAUUCAAUUGCUGAUUUGGGCUCUUCACUUAAUGAAUUGCUUCAGCCUGAUGAUCAUUGUUCUGUAGAUUCUAGUUUUGUUCAACCUACUGCAAUCAAUAAGUUACUUCUGUGCAAGAGUGACAUUUUGAAGGUACUAGAAAUGACUGAGUCUGAAAUUGAUUUACUUGAAAAUGAACUCAAGUCAUUGAAAUGUGAAUCUGGAGAGAGGUAUCCUUGUCCAGCAAUGCCUAAUUCUUUCCCACUGGAGGGAAAUUGGAAACCUUGUGAGGAACAGAACUCUCUCUCAAAUUUGGUUAAUCAACCUUCUCCCUUGCAAAUUGAUCAGUAUGGGGAUGCUGUUUUGGAGACAAAACCUCCAUGCAACGGGGUCGUGGAAGUAGUUUGUGCUGAUGUUAAGGAUGGGGAUAUCGAUAGUCCUGGAAGUGCCACAUCUAAAUUUACAGAACUGUCAUCUGUGGGGAAGGCAGUUUCUCCAUUACAUAUUGUAAACCAGGGCGAAAAUUCUAGGGAUUUGGGUGCUCUUCAACCUACAACAAUGAACAUAUGUGUAGCUUCUGGUUGCAGUGAUGUAGGGACUGGCAUAUCUGCUUGUAAGGGUGGCAGCAUGCUUUCAAAGAUUGAAAACAAUGCACAAAUUACAGAAUCUUCAAACUGCUAUGGCAUUGGAGAAAAUAUAUCAUAUGAUGUACUACUGUCUGCCAACAGGGAAUUGGCGAAAACAGCAUCUGAAGUAUUUAACAAAAUAUUGCCAGAAGAUCAUUGCCCUAUUGAGAUUUCAAGAGUGCUUUCCAAUGUAACAAACCGGCAGAAUUCUUUUAUCAGAGAAAAGUUUGUGAUGCGAAAGCGAGAAUUAAGGUUGAAGGAGAGAAUUUUAACUCUAAAGUAUAGAACAUUUUAUUACCUAUGGAAGGAAGAUAUUCACUCGCUUUCAAUAAGAAAAUUCCGUGCAAAGUCUCAAAAGAAAUCUGAAGUCUUUGUACGAGCAACACAUAGUGUAUAUCAAAAGCAUCGCACCUCUCUUCGCUCUGCAGGAAAUCUGAGCCUGGUUCCUACCAUGGAGAUGAUUAAUUUUGUAAGCAAACUGCUUUCAGAAUCACAAGUUAAGGAUCACAGGAACAGUCUGAAGAUGCCAGCAAUGAUUUUGGACAAGAAAGAGAAGCAGCUUUCAAGGUUUGUCUCUAGCAAUGGAUUGAUUGAAGAUCCAUGUGCAGUUGAGAAGGAAAGGUCUUUGAUAAAUCCUUGGAUGUCAGAUGAGAAAGAUAUUUUUAUGGACAAACUGGCUACAUUUGGAAAGGAUUUUGGGAAAAUUGCUUCAUUUCUUGACCAUAAAACAACAGCUGACUGUGUAGAGUUUUACUACAAAAACCAUAAAUCUGAUGGUUUUGAGAAAACAAAGAAGCUUGAUCUAAGCAAACACUGGAAAUCUGCUACUAGUACCUACUUGGUGACAUCAGGUAAGAAGUGGAGCCGUGAAAGGAAUGCUGCUUCCCUUGAUAUUUUGGGUGCAGCUUCAGUCAUUGCAGCUCAUGCAGAAAGUAGAAUUGGGAAUCAACAGAUGUCAUCUGGCAGGAUCUUUCUGAGAAGAUGCUAUGAGUCUAAACGUUCUCGAGUUGAAGAUGGUACUACAGAAAGGUCAGGCAGUUUUGGUUUUACUGAGGAUGAUAGAGAAACUGCAGCUGUUGAUGUUUUAGCAGGCAUUUGUGGUUCCCUAUCUUCAGAGGCAAUGAGUUCUUGUAUUACAAGUUCUGUGGACCCUGGUAACUCCAAAUGGAAGAGCCAAAAAGUGGAUUCUGUUAUGAAAUGGACGUCAACAUCUGAUGUCACACAGAAUGUUGAUGAUGAUACUUGUUCAGAUGAGAGUUGUAGGGAACCAGAUCCUGCUGAUUGGACAGAUGAGGAAAAAUCUAUUUUUUUGCAAGCAUUCUCAUCUUAUGGCAAGGAUUUUUCAAUGAUCUCACAAUGUGUUAGAACAAGGUCCCAGGACCAAUGCAGGGUUUUCUUUAGCAAGGUUCGUAAGUGCCUUGGACUGGACUUGAUAAAUGCAAAAGCCAGAAACAUGGGAACACCUUUGAGUGAUGAUGCAAAUGGUGAUGGGAAUGACAUGGAAGACACUUCUGUUCUGAAGAGCUCAGUGGUUGCUGUUGAUAAGCUGGGUUCUAAAGUGGAAGAUGACUUGCCUUGUACUGCGACCAUGAAUGAGGAAGGAUCUAAUCCUGCUGGGGCAUUGAACUUGCAGACUAGCCUGAAUAUUUCAGAAGAUAACAAAGAAAUGGGGGUUCUUGAUCAUAGUAAUUCUGAGGCUGUGGAAUCUGUUGUUUCUCAUGUCAGUUGGUUGGCAGAUAGGCCUCAGCCAAACUGCAGGAGUCAUGGAGAUGUUGAUGAUAAUAACCAACAGCUAGAGUCAGAGCCGGCUCAGGAAAUUGUUGCAUUGACUGAUGUUGAAACUGGAAAAGAGCGAGGGACAAAGCAGUGCACAUCUGUUGGGGAGGUGGUUGAUGCUUGCCCAUGUAAUUUGAAUUCUGAGACUGAGUCCAAAUCUUUAGUUCAGUGUUCUAUCAAGUCAUUUGAAAAUAAACUAAUGGCUCAGGAUCCUUUAUUGGCCAAGAGCAAAUCAGAUGAUCAAGAUGAAAAAUGUGGUGCAGAUACUGUCAGUCAAGGUUUCAGUUUCGGCCCCAAAGUCCUGCAUCAAGUUUUUCUUGAGUUGGAUUCACCUCAAAAGCCUACUGUCACGUUGGCAGAGGAGGGGAGUAUUUUGGCAGAUCCAAAUUCCAAGUCCCAAGAUUCUGAUGGCUUUCCAUGUGAUAAGAUGUGCAACCAAGAUAGGAUGUCAUCAACCCAUGAUUUUCAGGACAGUAGAGAUAAAUGUGGUCAUAAAUCUGUUAGUGGAGAUGAAUAUACUGCAUCAAACCAUGCUGAGUCCUCCCAGAUAUCUAUGCUGACAAUUUCAACCAAGAAAGAAAUAAAUGUUGACACAAGUAGCAAACAGUAUCCUGAUGUUCAAAGCCGUUUGAAGUCUGACAUGGAUGAGGGAGGACAGUAUUUGACUCAGGAUUGCUAUGACAAAAAAUGUAAUAAUUCCAUAUCUCAGUCCUCAGUGGCAGCACUUCCAUUUCUGUCCCAAAGCGCAGAACAAACCAGUGAUCAUCCCAGAGCCCAAUUGCAAAGUCUCUCAGAUACAGAAAAACCUUGCAGGAAUGGUAAUGUCAAGCUGUUUGGUCAGAUACUUAAUUCUAGUGGAGAUGAGGAUAGCAAGGGGACCAAUCUUCUGAAAAGGGGUGUCAAGUUGUCAAAUUCGAAACUCAAUGGUCAUCACCAAGUGGAUGGGAGUUCAGCUGUUUUGAAGUUUGACCAUCAUGAUUAUCUUGGUCUGGAGAAUGUUCCUGUGAGUUUUGGUUUCUGGGAUGGGAACAGAAUACAAACUGGGAAUCCAUCUUUGCCUGAUUCGUCUAUUUUAAUGGCAAAGUAUCCUGCAGCCACAUCCAAAAUGGAACAGCAAGCAUUGCUGUCUGCUGGGAAGAGUAAUGAUCUGAAUUCAAAUGAUGUGUCAGUUAUCUCUUCAAUGGAUAUUGGCAGCAAUGGAGUGGUGGAUUAUCAGUUGUCUAGAGGCCUUGAUGGUUCAAAGGUGCAGCCUUUUAGUUUGGAUGUGAAGAAGCCCAGACAGGAGGUGUUAUCAGAGGUGCAACAACGUGGAUUUGAUGCAAUCCCAAGUUUAGAGCAUCAAGGAAGAGAAAUGGUUGGAAUGAAUGAUUUAGGGAGAACAAGGGCUCUAGCUGGGGGAGGUAGCACGGGUGAGUCAGAUCCUGUGGCUGCCCUACACCAUGCGAGAAUUGAGCUGUAUAGUGGGCAGAAUGGGGGCAUUAUCAGGGAAGAAGAAUCAAGGAGGGGUAACGGGGGCAUAAGUAGGUAGUUGUUCUAGAAGGGGCCUUUUUAGAGGAGAGGCCCUUAGCGGCAAAUCUUUGCCACUCACUGUAUAAAUAGUUUUUGUAUUGUUUUGAUAUGAAAUGAUAGGGCAGCAUUAGACGGUUCUGAAGUCCGUCUUUUUGGGAAAAAAAUGAUUUUAGGUGUUACCAUUAUUUCAUCAGCUUUGUAUUUGCUAUAUUGAUGGAAAUACAGGAAAUAGUCAGUGAACAUUUGGGAGGGGGGUAACUCCAGAUUUGCCUGUUACCACCUCCCAAGUAUCAAACGACCAUGACAUUUUGCCAAACGUCUGGACGUGCCUUCUUGGU